UUAAAAAUUAAAAAGAGAACCUCCAAACCCUUGUGUUCUUCAUCCCUUCCUCUCACUCCAAGAAACCCUAGAAAUUCACAGAAAUUUGCAGAGAUUUGAAGAAAUUUGCAGAGAUAAUGAUGAACAUUAUUCAUCCAUGAGAAGAUCAACCAACAAUGAAAUGUUAUUACACUCAAUUCACCUCUCAAUUCCUCCAAUUUCUCUUCGUUUCAUCCAAUAACCCACACCAAACCCUAAUCGGCGCUAACCACACCUCCGCCCGUUUCUGCUCCCGUUAAUCUCACACAAAUCAAAUAAAUUCAUUCAAUUCAUUCAAUUCGUUCAAUCCACUAUGGAUCCGGUCACCGGAAAACGUGGCUUCCUCCGAAACGCCGUCGUUCGAUUCCUCUUACUCUCUCUCCUCCUCAUCGCCGUUCGGUUUGCUUACGUCAUCACACUCCGCGGCGAAUCAUGCGUUUCCGGUGACGAAUUCUGCUUCUUCAACAAUCCGAUCGGUAACGACAAACUCGUAACUGCCGCCGGCGUCGGUCAUGCCGGCGUUUCAUCGGUUACGCUCCAUCCGGCCGGUGAAACGACGCCGGAGUUUCACAAACGAGUGAUGUUUUACAUCACUGUGUUUCAGGAUCUGAUCGUUGACGGAUUUUUGUCAACGAAAUCUAAAGCGCUUUGCGUUGAAACGCCGAUUGGUGAUGAUGUGUACGCUCUGAAAGAGAUCGGAGUUGAUGACGCCGUUGGGAUCUAUAACAAGGCGGUUAAGCCGUUGGUGGUUAAAGGCCUAGGGUUUCGUCAGCCGUUUGGGGAUAAUACGUUUGAUUUUGUGUUUUCCGGUGACGGUGGAUUGGACAGAUCGGAAAAUGCUGGGGAGUUUGCUGCGGAAGUUUGCCGGACGGUUAAACCGGAAGGUUAUUUCGUUGUUCAUACAGCUUCUAAAGAUACUUAUAGCUUCAAUUCUUUUAUUGCUUUAUUCAAUUGUUGUAAAUUCAUACGGUCGAGACAUAUAGAUGGAUUUGGAUCUGAAAUUCAUGAAAUUGUGAUGAAGAAAGUAAAUGGAAUUAAUAUUAAGAAGAAAACAGAGCAGGUUUUAAGUGGAAAAUGCUCUGUUUCCGGUUAUAAACAAGAUUUGGUUAAGAGAGCUGAGCCUUUGAUUAUGAAGGAGCCGUUGAAACCAUGGAUUACGUUGAAGAAAAACAUUCAAAAUGUGAAGUAUUUGUCGUCCAUGGUGGAUAUUAAUUUUAAGCAGAGAUAUGUUUACGUAGAUGUGGGCGCUCGGAGCUACGGCUCAAGUAUAGUUAGCUGGUUUAGGAAACAGUAUCCGAAACAAAACAAGACGUUUGAUAUAUACGCGGUAGAAGCGGAUAGACAUUUUCAUGAUCAGUAUAAGUUCAAAAAAGGUGUUACUUUGUUACCGUAUGCUGCCUGGGUUAAAAACGAGACUUUGGUGUUUGAAAUUAAUCAAACUCCGGGUGAUGAAAAUGUGGAGCAAGGUAGAGGAAUGGGGCGGAUUCAGCCGGUUAAAUCAGGUGGUGGGAUUGUGGGUUCUGUUGAUGAGAUUCAAGGGUUUGAUUUUGCUGAGUGGUUGAAGAACACUGUAUCUGAAAAAGAUUAUGUGGUGAUGAAGAUGGAUGUUGAGGGGACUGAAUUCGAUUUGAUCCCGAGGUUGAUUGAAACCGGGGCUAUUUGUUUGGUUGAUGAGGUUUUUCUUGAAUGCCAUUAUAAUCGGUGGCAGAAAUGCUGCCCCGGUGUCAGGAGUCCGAAGUAUCAGAAAACUUAUGGGCAAUGUUUGGAUUUGUUCAAAUCGUUAAGACAACGAGGUGUUCUUGUUCAUCAAUGGUGGUAACUGGUAAAACACACUAUACUUUGUUUUUUCAUCAUUUGGAGUUUCCAUACUUGAAUUGUUGUAUUUUACAUCAGUUUCUUCUGCAUUCAUUUAAAUUUUACUUGAAAGAAAGUUCACCCAAUUCUGUAUCA